AUGUCGCCCUCAACUGUCACCGCUGCCCAAUGGCUCGAAGCCGCCAAGCACCGCCGUACGGUUUAUGGCCUUAAAGACACGUCCCCCGUGCCAGACAGCCGUAUCCAGGAGAUCAUCACCCAAGUUCUCUCCUUCACUCCUUCUUCAUACAACACACAGCCCGGUCGCAUCACCCUCGUCCUCGGCGAAAAGCACAAGCAGCUUUGGGAUGUAGUCAUUGAGCACGCUGAGCCUGUGCUCAAGGCUGCUGGCCCUGGUGUCUGGGAGGCCAUGGGCCCUCGCUUCCAAGGUUUCAAGAAUGGCUACGGCUCGGUCCUGUUCUGGGACAGCGGAGCGGCCAUCAAGGAAGCCCAAGGUACCCAUCAGGCAGCUGCUCAUAUGUUCAACCAGUUUGCCGAUCAUGCCAGCGGCAUGGCGCAGAUCCUCGUUUGGACGGCUCUUGAGCUGGAGGGCUUCGGCGCCAACCUGCAGCACAUGGGGGCCAUCCCGCCUGUCGAGGCUGCCCUGAAGAAGUUCCUUCAAGUGCCGGACGACUACUCCCUCAAAGCCAACAUGAACUUCGGCGAGGAGGCUCAGCCACACCCUGAGGUUCCCGAAAAGUUGCCCUUCAGUGAGACUUUGGUCGUCGUCAAAUAG